AUGGAGUGGUUAACGAGCGCCGAGGGCCUGAAUGCCCGCCAGGAGCUGGAGGCGUCCGUUCGUGAGCAGCACCCUCACUUGCGUGAUGAGGAAGUCGACCUCAUUGUGGACGGUCGUCUACUACGCAUGGUUCGGGAGCGCGCGGCGGAGCAAGCACCUGCGAGCGGCCAGCAAGGAGGAACCGGUGAAGGAGGAGCUGUGCACGAAGCUCCAACUGCCGUGGGCAUUGGCGGAGGAGCUGUUGCACCGACCAUUGACGUGGGAUUGAUCGGGACGAGCUACGGUCAAUUCAAGUUUGGAGUUGAACACAUCUCCGUGACGCCGCUGCUGGAGGGAAGGCACGACCUUACCGCGUGGGUCAGCGCCAUCCGUCCUCAGCUCCAGUGUGCUGAUUUGUGGCAGUUUUGCAACGGGACAGCACCAAGCCCGGCCCCAAACAACCCCUUGCAACGAAGGGAGUACGCAAAGGGCCAAAUGCUUGCAUUCAUGGUGCUGAAUCGUUGUGUUUCUCCACCCAUCCGAAUGUCUAUUGCUGGUUUCUCUCAGCAAGAGAAAGCCGGGCAGAUGGCAUGGGCAUACAUCUUGUCUACCUAUCAAGCUCGUGAUGCCCUCCACGCUUCCCUACUUCAUACCCAGCUAGCCCAACUCAGGAAGGGAGAUGAUGAGACGGCGGAAUCGUACUGCAAUAGGGCCCGCACCAUCCAAGCGGAGCUGCUGACCAUUGGACAGGAGGUCCACUUGGCCACGUUUGCCGCUCACGUGCUGAAGGGUCUGCCACCAGAGUACAAGUUCCUUCGCCGCAAGCUCGACAUCUCCAGCCCUGACAUGACGGUGGAACGUGUGUGCAGCGAGGUGUUGAUGGAGGAGCAGACUCUCUCCAUCGAACACAGUUACAAGCAGAUCACCAGCGAUGCAUCUGCUUUCUUGGGCGCUGUCAACACGGUCGUGGCUACAACGGGGGUCAACAACGGGAAGGAAGGAAAAGGGGGGAAGGAGCAGACGGACAAGAAGAAGGAUGGCAAGCGGGAAAAGAAGCGAGGCCCCUUCAGGGGGCGCUGCUACAACUGCAAUGAGGAGGGGCACAUGGCUGCCAAGUGCCCCAACAAGAAGAAGGAUGCAACGCCCGCGGCAGCCGCGAACGUUGCUGAAGGAGAUGGGAAGGGCGUGGCGCUCACCGUUGCGUGUUCGGCUGCAAAGCUACUGGCCGAUGACAAGGACCUGUGGUUCCUUGACUCGGGAUGCUCCCAACACAUGACCGGCUGCAAGGAGUGGUUCACGGUGAUCCGUGACCCAUCUGCAACGAAAUCAGUCAAAGGGUUUGAUGGUUCUAUGCAGGAAGUUGCCGGUGUUGGUGAGGUUUUGCUGGAGGGCACUAACGGCUUGCGUGUGACCCUACAUGAUGUCCUCUUUGUGCCAGGAAUGAAGGCCAACCUGGUCUCCCCUGGGCAGCUCUUGGACAAGGGAGCAAAGCUGCAAACCGAGGAAGGUGUCACUCGCAUCAUCGCAUCAGGAGGUCAAGUGGCUGCAACGGCACGAUACCGCCAUCGCCUUCACUGCCUUGACCUGAAACCGGGGCCAGCAAGGAACGGUGCAACGGCUGCAGCGGCAUGCAAGGGCACGGCGGCUGCAGCGGCAUGCACCGAUAUGGCGGGUGGAGCGGCGAGCAACGGCAUAGGGGCUGCAGUGGCAUGCAACGGCACGGCGGCUGCAACGGCAAGCAACGGCACGACGAAGGAGAUUGCUGAUAAUCUGCCACCACCACGUACCGUCAUCGUGGUCCCGGUGCCGUCUGUGCAAGGGGGUGAGCAACCCCUUGAUCGCUCGGUGGGCCCUUUGGGCAGCAAGGCACCUACUGCACCUCCUCCUUUCGGUCCACCCUCCGUUGCUGAUUCGGCGCCCGUGGGACCAGAAGAUGGUCCCCUUGAGGAUGGAGGCGACACGACUGAUCUUGAGGAGGAAGGAGAGGUAGCAGUGGAUGAGCAGCCGCCGGUGGCGCUUGAGCAUGAGCCCUCACUUACAGCUCCUCCCAUCCAGCCCAUUCCACAACCCCCACGUCGCUCCGGCAGGUCUAAGAAGGGGGUGCCACCCGUACGGUUUCAGCCAUCAGCCCUGACGGCCCAUGAUGCGGACGAGGAGGAGAACCCGUACGACAUGGCGUACCUUGCUGAGGACGACUGCGACACGGACAGCGAUGACGAAGUGGAGUACCCGGACGAGGAUGAGGAGGAGGAAGGCGCUUGGGGAGGUGUCAUCCUUGACCUGGCAGCUGCGUCGACCGAACCUGAAGGCAAGGAAUGCCAUCUCAACCCGUCCUGA